GUAUCAAAAAAAUUAAAGUAAAUCUAAUUAUAAUAAACUAAAUUUAAACAAAUUAUUAAAAAAAAAGAAAAAAAAACGAAAAGAAAGAAACGAUGCCGUUGGUUCCUGUUCUUCCAUCUUCGUCCCUUUCCCCAGCUGUCUGUCCCUCCCUCUCCUCCCUCUCCUCCCUCUCCGUCCUGCUCCUCCUUUUUCUCUCUUUUUUCGUUUGAUGGUUGGAACUUGACUUGGGUUUCUCCAAAAGAACCCAAUCUGGGUUCUCAUUCUUCCAGAUCUAAUCCAAUUGAACAAGGAAGAUUAGAGCCUAAUUUUUGAAAUACAUGGCUGUCAAAGGGAGGUUAAGAUUUGAGUGCAGCUGAGAAGAAGAGAGGAACAAGAUCUGGGUGUCAGUGGAUCAGAGGACUUGCUGCUCAUGCGACUUUAGCUAGAAGCAAGGAACCAGAUCUGGGUUUCUCCAUCUCUGUCGCCUUCCCUUUCCUUCCAUCACAUGGUCUAUGGUUCCCUCUUCUUCAUUUCUUUCUCCUUCUAGCUUUUCAUUGCAGAAAUUAUGUGGGAUUAACUUGAGGAAUCAUUAGAGUUUUAAGCUUUAAUCUCCAUUUAUGGUGGGGAAUUCUUGUUUGUGUGUACUUGGGUUCUUGGUGGUUGGAUAUUUUGGGUUGAAUUUUUAUGGUGUUUCUUUUGCUAUUCUUUCAAGUACUCUGUUCUUAGGGACCCUUUUUUUAUGCUAGAAAGAUGGAAUUCUUGGAUGAUACCCCCUAUUUGUUGAAUGGGCGAACUGUGCAACGAUGGGAACAACAUAUGGGUAUUUUUGAGUCAUCGAUUUGUUUCUUCCAAACUCUCGGCUUUUGGGUUCGAUUCCGGUGAAUUUGCAUAUAUUACUGAGUACUUGCAAAUUUGCUUUUCAAUCUUUAGUUUUUGGAUUUAUAAAUCAAUUUUAUAGAC